AUGGAAAGACAAAAAGAAAUCAUCAGAAAUAUGACAACUAUCCUGAAAGUCCGAAGUCUUCUGUUGAAACAAUGCCUUGCUGAAUGUUUAGGAACUUUGAUUCACACGAUGCUUAGCUGUGGAGGAGUAGCACAAUUUACUCUCAGUUAUGGCACACACAAAGAAUUCUUGACUGUUACAAUUGCUGGUGGAUUUGCAGUAGCUCUGGGUAUAUUGGUAACUAGUAAAGUCUCAGGAGCUCACCUGAAUCCUGCAGUGACCUUUGCUUUGUGCUUGCUUGCUUGUGAACCUUGGCUAAAAUUUCCUUUAUUCUUUUUGGCACAAACAUUAGGUGCCUUUCUUGGAUCAGGAAUAAUGUUUGGUUUGUACUAUGAUACAUUGUGGCAUUAUGGCAAUAAACAGCUAACAGUAAUUGGAGCAAAUUCUACUGCUGGAAUAUUUACAACUUAUCCACAUGAACAUUUGAGCGCAGUCAAUGGCAUUUUUAAUCAGGCAAUUGGGACUGCAGCACUUAUACUUUGUAUCCUUAUCAUUGUGGAUCCAUUGAACGAUGCUAUACCAACAGGACUAGAAGCUUUUACAAUUGGCUUUGUGGUUUUGCUAAUUGGCUGGUCAAUGGGUUCCAAUUCUCAGUACUCAUUAAAUCCUGCCAGAGACAUUGGACCUCGCCUGUUUACUGCAAUUGCUGGUUGGGGAACUGAAGCUUUCACUGCUGGCAAUUAUUGGUUUUGGAUCCCAGUUGCCAGUCCAAUCAUUGGUGCCAUAUUUGGUGUUCUCCUGUACAAGUUCAUUGUUGGAUUGCGUGCUGAAGCAGGAACCAGCUGCCCAUCCAAUGCAGAACAAAAUAUAAAGUUAAUGAACCAAAAAACCAAAGAGGAGGCUCUGAUGAUUUGA